GGCCCUGCAGCCCGAGGGGCCCCUGUGAGUUUAGCCUGUACGAUGUACACCACCGGGCUGGCCCCGUUCUAUGCCGCCUCUCAUUUCAACAUGUGGUCUGCCUACUGCUCGGGGGGCUUCCCUCCUCCGGACCCCGCUAAGAAGCCUUCCUUCUGCAUCGCUGACAUCCUCCAUGUGGGGGACCCUGACAGCCCCCCGGGAUCCUCCCACAUGGGCGUCCUGCACCCGGCUCACUACCAAACAACUGGGGGCUCCCCCCUCAGACCCACCCCGCUCACCCCGGACUCUGGAUUCAGGAUCUCCCCUCUUUCCCCAUACCAGCAACCUCACCCCCACCGGGGACCCAACUUCAGGGGGCCCCAUGGAAGCACCCAGCCGGCCCCCUCCAGCAAGGACCUCAAGUUCGGUAUUGAUCGGAUCUUGUCCACAGAGUUUGACCCCAAAGUCAAGGAAGGCAACACCCUGAGAGAUCUAACCUCAUUGAUCAGCUCAGGCCGCCAGUCAGGAGUCCACACUGCCCCCCACAUGCAGUCUACAGCCAGCCAUUUCUUCGCCUCUCUAGAUCCCCUCACUGAUACCCCGACUAUCCUGGGGCAACUAAACAGCAACCAGAGGAGCUCAGUGCAGCAAUUCCAGGACACCUUCCCAGGCCCCUAUGCAGUCCUCACCAAGGAUACAAUGCCACAGACCUACAAGAGGAAGAGAUCCUGGUCCCGGGCUGUGUUCUCCAAUCUCCAAAGAAAAGGGCUGGAGAAAAGGUUCGAAGUGCAAAAAUAUGUCACCAAGCCGGACAGGAAGCAGCUGGCAGCCAUGCUGGGGCUCACCGAUGCCCAGGUCAAGGUCUGGUUUCAGAACAGGCGCAUGAAGUGGAGACACUCCAAAGAGGCACAAGCACAAAAGGACAAAGAGAAGGAAGAGUCAGAAAAGACAGAGGUCCCAUGCCCCGCGGAAGGGGACCUUGACAGGAGCAGUAGUCCUUACAGGACAGAGGGGGACAGUGACAGCAGUGACUCUGAAUUGCUGGACUUAAUGGCCAGUGACAGUGAACGGACUGAGGUCACCUCCGAGACUCAACAGACCAGUGUCAUCAAAUUGUCCCCAGCCACCGACCCCUCCACGCCGCAACCCCCCCCCUGUUCAGAGACUGCCACACCACAGAGCCCGCCCCAACAUUAAUCCAGCGGACCCCGGAUGACAGACUGCUUUGUUGGAUUAUGGUCCUCUCUGGAUACUUCAUUUAAGACACUGUGAAAUUAUUCUCUGGGCGGAUUGUCUUCUAUGGACGAUUGUACCACUGGGAACAUUUGGAGGAGAGCACACAACUGGCGGCCAGUGCAUCGCAAACACUUUAAAGGGCCACUAAACAUAACUCACCAAUCGGUUUAUUUAUCAGAGCUUUAAUGGCAUCCACUGAUUAACACG